AAUCACAUAAAUUUUAUGCAAUCCAGUCUGAGCGUUCGUUGUGUGCGGUUGUGGACGUCGUUCGUUUAAUCGGGAAGUGAUGAAAAAAUAUAUAAAACUGGGUGAAGAGUAGAAAAAGCAAAAUUGCAAUAAAAAUAUUUGAAAAGUGAAAACAAUACAACCGCGAGUAACAAAAACGUAAAUAAUAAAUUUAAGAAACAAUUUUAUUUAACAUUUUCUGCAAAUAGAAAAAUAGAAAUUAUUAAAUUUUACACAACGGCAUUGGAGAAAUUCCCAAAGUGGUCUUGAGUGGCAAUUUGCAAAAUGUCGGAUGAAACGCUGUCACGAGUGCGACAAAAUUGCUGUCGUCUGUGUCUGGCUCCGGAUACGGAAUGUAUAUCAAUAUUGAACAGCUAUGCUGCAGAUAAAGAACCACUAGUCACAAAAAUACAAAAUUGUGUUGGCAUUAAGAUAACAUCUUAUGAUCGCCUCUCGCUGCGUAUAUGUCACGCCUGCAUUAGCUAUUUGAACUCUUGGCAGAGUUUUAAAAAUCGUUGCCUUACAUCUCAGAAAAAACAACGCAGUUGGGUAGAUAAUAACUUAAGCAUAACAACAACACCAGCUGAUAAUACGCAAGAUGAAUAUCAAGAACAAAGUAGCUUGGCAUCAUCAAUAUUGGAUGGAAUUACCACGUUAAAGAAGCGAAAAUCUUUAACAGUUUAUCCUUUACCUGCAGUACAAAUUAAGGAAGAACCAACGGAUAAUGAUGACGACUAUAGUAUGAAGCAUCAUGAUGAAUCUGAUGAUAUUGUUGACCCAACAAUGUUUUUGGAACGCACACAAGAAGAGGAGGAGGAGCCAAUAAUGGAACCUCCACAUUAUAGUUUUUCAAGUGAUCAACCUUCUGUUAUAAGUGAUGUCAAAGAAGCAUCCUGCCGUGCGUGCAACUUAAAAUUUUCUACGCGUGCAAAUGCACGUCGUCAUGAACGUAACUUGCAUCCCAACCUUUUUGAAUUUGGUCCGGCUUCUGCUAAUAGUACACCAAUUACUAGACCUACAGCAGCUCUUGCCGCUGCAUUAGAGUUGCGUCGUACUAAUCAAAAUUCUAACGCUGCCGACACAUCUUCGUUACUGUCACAACAAAAAUAUCGUCAAUUAGUUGUGAAUGCUUUCAAUCAAGGCGAGGCGGGUGGUUAUGAUUAUGACAGUCCAGAAAAGUAUCAGCAAUUACUAACUGACGAGAAAAUAGUGUUUCUACAACAGAAUGAGGACUUUUUGUCACAAUAUCAAAAUAUGACUUGUCGUUGCUGCAACAGAAGUUAUACUACUUACAAGAAUUUUAUGGCUCAUAUGCGUAAAAAGUAUGCGACGCUGCCACGGAACUUAUGUUUCAAUUGCUUGAAAUUGAAUGAUUCGAAGGCGCAUUUCAUAUCACAUUUGAAGCGUCGCAAUUGCAUUAAUUUGUAUAGAAUUUUGCAUUCCCUUAUGUUGAAGGAUCAAACGUUUGCUGCUGCCGUUAAAGCGACAAGUGCCGCUGUACCUGAAAAAUUGCGAGCUAAGGAGCUGCUCGUCAAUAAAAUGUACGAAUGUAAAUUGUGUUCAAAGAGUUUUCGUCUUAAAUUGGAGUUUCGUACACAUGUUUAUGAUGAUCAUGCUGAUGCACAAAAGAGGGAUACUGGUUCCAAGCAGUGCAGUUUCUGUUCAGUCGAACUGGAAGAUCCGGCUGAGCGUAAGCGGCACAAUAACAAUAUGGAUUGUAUCGCUUCACUUCGUUGCGUCACUUGUGAUGCCAAAUUCGACAAGCAUCAACAGUUUUUGGAUCAUGUCUAUGAGAAGCAUUUAGCUGGCUUUGGUGAGCAAAAUAAUGCUCAACCACAAGUAAUAAGUGGAUUAGAAAAUGUACCGGCUAAAAAGUCAAUAACGGGCUCUAUAACAGAAGAUUCUCGUGGUGGAAAUCAACCGAAGACUCAAUAUUUCUCACGUAUGCCGCAGGCUUGUCCAAUAUGCGGCCAGCAGUACAAUAAUUACAAUAAUGUUUUGCGACACAUGGAAUCCAAGCACCCAGAUCAAUUACCUCAAACUUAUAAAUGCGUUAAGUGCGGAACUGGAUUUCCACGACUGUCUAAUUUGCGUGAACAUAUGAUUAACGCACACGCUGCUGAGUCCAUUAAGCACACUGGUUUUGAGUACAUAGUCAAUGCCGAUGCUGUAAAAAUUUCAGGAGGUAACAACAAUUCAAAUGUGUAUACUGGACGCUAUGAUUAUGUUAUGAAGGAUUUGAUGUCAAUAACAAAUGGUGGUACAACUGAAGACGGUGAAAAUGAGCAAGCCGCAAAGAAAAUUCGUUUAGAUACUUCAGUUAACAUCAAAAAUAAUGGCACUCCUGACAAUAAAGUUUAUAAUAGCUCAAAAGAAUGUCCAAUAUGCAAUGCCGUUUUUAGUAAUAAUAUUGGACUCUCCAACCACAUGCGUUCACACACUGCGGCAGCUCAAAAUGCAGCGGCGGCAGCUAAUUCCGCCAAGAAUGCACAGCGACCUUUAAGCAUAACAGCUGCGCCUAAGACAAAUGCAACUGCUGCUCAAAAUACACAGGGUGUUAGAGAACAGGCCAUAUUUAGACGUAGUCUUGAACAAGCAGCAGAUCGUCGUUUCCGCCGUAUGCGUUGUCGUAUAUGUCAACGUCGCUUUUCGUCAAAGAAAUCUUACCGUUUUCAUAUGCUCAACGAUCAUCAGAUACGCAAUGUACAGUUUAUAAAGUGUAAGAUAUGUGAAGCAGAGUUUGCUUAUGAAAAAGGCCUAAAAGUACAUAUGUUCAAAAUACACCACACUUUGCUACGGAAUGAGAUGAUUGUGAAGCAAUAUGAGUGCGACAUAUGUUCAAUUGUUUAUCCCGCCGAAGAACAGUUGUUGCAACAUAAGCGUACUGUGCACGGUAAUGAGAAUGCGCAAUCAACAGAUUUUGCUGAUGGAGCUGUAGGUGACACAAGCUCGUUAGGUGCAGAUCAUUCAGGUAUAUCAACUCCUGUUAGUGGAGCAAGCAUUGCUGGCGGUGAACGUAACACUACAGAUCAAGCAGCAGCAGCACCGACUGGACCACUUUACUGGUAUCAAUGUAAAUAUUGUCCUUCUAAUUUCAAUACAAAUAAAAAACUAGCUAUUCAUAUCAACUCUCAUGACGAGUUUGAUUCAAAGGACUAUUCAUGUAAGGAUUGUGGAAAUGUUUAUAGUGGCCGUAAAAGUUUAUGGGUUCAUCGUUACAAAAAACAUCCCCAAAUUGCUCAGCCUUCAGAAUGUACUAUGUGCAGGAAGGUCUUCUUCGAUAGUCAAAUGCUCGAAAAUCAUAUACCAACGUGUAAUCGCAUACAAGUCCCUGGCACAGUGGAUAGUUUGAAUACACCAGUUUAUAGACAUAAGACUGGUGACGAUGAAGAUAUUUCACGGGAAGGCGCUGACCUAUCUACUACUAUUGGAACAGGUAAUGAUGAAGUUUCAACAAUGACAACAGGAAAAAUUCGUCUACCAGAAGUGGCAUGCACAAUAUGUGGACAACGGUUCACCGACCAGGAACUUUUCACUAAACAUAUUCAAAUGCACGAACAAGAAUUAUAUACAGACAAUCCAUUGGCUGCAAUGUUUGAUACUGGUCCAGCUGAUCCGAAUCAGUUUUAUUUAGAUCGAGUAAACGAUAAUGGCGAAUACGCCUGCGAUUUGUGUCAAAAAACAUUCACACAAAUGACUGCACUUAAAGUGCAUCGAAAAUGGCAUUUCAGAGGUGAUAGCAAACAGAACCAAGUAGAGUCCGAUGCGAAUACAUUGCAGACCCAGACCAACCAUCCACAUCUACUGGGAUUACAAGCAGUGGGACUUAUGCCCAAUCCUCGCCCAUCUUCAAAAUCCCAGAAGCACAAACGCGAACUUAAAUGUGAAUAUUGUUCUUCGACUUUUAUAAGCAAUAACAACCUAAGGCGACAUAUAUAUGAAUUACAUAAGGAUGAAAUAUCCAAUUUACCUCAACCGCCCAAAAUUGAAACUGAUAAGUACUUGCACUGUCGUCGGUGUGAUUUUAAGUUUUCUACCAAAUUUGAUUGGAUUGAACAUAAAUUGAGUGAAGCGCGUGUUAUGAAACCAUACGGACCCUUCCAAUGGGGUUGUGAUUUAUGUGGAGCAUAUGUGUCACGUAAAGAGAAACUCAUCCAUCAUAUAAGCAACCAUCUUAAGGAAAGUGUAAUUGUCCCCAUAGAGCAGCAGAAGCAAGAAAUGAAAAAUCAGAAGAAUCAAAAUGCAGACGAAGAGAAUGCACACCAUAGUGAUAAUGAUAAACAUCUUGAUAAUAGUGAGUAUGGUCAAGAAGAAGAAUCAAUGGAGAAUGAUAUUGAACAAGAUGAGCAAGCGGAAAGCGAUGAUGAUGACAAUGAGACGACUGAGGAAGGUGAUCCUGAUGGUGAUGAAGAUGACAACGGUAGUGUACGUGAAUAUGAUGAAGAAAUGGAUGAAAAUAAUGGAAACAAUGAAAAUAAUAGCGAUGAUGAUGACGAUGACGAAGAUGAUGAUGAGGAUGUCCAGACAGAUCAUGAUUACGUUAUUCAAAAUGAAGAAGUUGAUAAAAAUAAUAGAAACUCUCAACAGUUAGCUCCGAAAUUAAUUAUAAAGACUAAUCGCACUGUAGAUGAUACAACUGAAGCUGAGGAUUCGCCAUCAUAUAUAGAUGAUGAUGACGAUGAAGAUGAAGAUGGUGAUGGGGACGGUGACGGUGAUGGUGAUAGAGAUGGAGAUGGUGAUGGUGAGGGAGAUGGAGAUGUUGAUCAUGAUGGUGAUGGAGACGCUAUGGAUACUGAUUCAGAUGAUAGUAGCUCUUCAAUUGGUGAGACAAAUACAAACAAAAGUAAAUCACAUUCAUGUGAUUUAUGUCAAGUAUAUUUUGAGUCACAACAAGAGCUUCAGAAGCAUGUAAAGACACACUUUCUAAAUGGGCCGAUUACUUUCGGUGCUGUGAAUUCAAGACCGAAAAACGCAAGUCGUAGCAGCACUAGUAGUGACGCUUAUGAAAUGUCAUCAUAAACUUUUUUUUUAAUUUUUAAUAUUUUACUCAUUCUAGUUUAAAUUCAAUCAAUUGAAUUUUAAG